GGCAAAAAAACAAAUGCCAGCGGACAGCGACUCUAUUAGUCUAGUAUAAAAAUAUAUUUUAUGGUGGUUACACAUGCUAAAAUAAUUAUUACAUUUUAAGUAUAAUACAUUUCGAACAAUACGUUACAGCGGAAUAAUAUUAAUAUGACAGAGAUUUUAGAUAUUGAUGGUAGCGUUCUUGAAGGAGGCGGCCAAAUUCUGAGAAAUUCGAUUUCAUUGAGUGCCAUUCUUGGCAUACCAGUGAGGGUAAAAAAUAUUCGAGCGGGUAGAAAAAAACCUGGCUUGGCAGCGCAACAUUUAAAAGGAAUACAGCUAGUAGCAGAAAUGUGCCAGGCAAAAUUAAGUGGUGCUCAUAUUGGUUCUACUGAUAUUCAAUUUAUCCCAGGGAAAAUCAGAGGUGGCCAUUACUUUGCUGAUAUCCAGACAGCAGGAUCUAUAAGCCUUUUACUCCAAGUGGCCCUGCCGUGUGCAUUGAUGGCAGAUUCCCCUGUAAUCUUAGAUCUCAAAGGAGGGACCAAUGUAGACAUGGCGCCACAAAUAGACUACAUGAAUGAAAUAUUUAGAGAAAACCUGAAACAGUUUGGUGCUAAAUAUUACUGUACAGUAAUAAAGAGAGGAUACUUUCCCCGAGGAGGUGGACAUGUAGAAGUGACUGUGAAACCAAUACGGUCCUUAAAAAGUGUUACUUUUCAUGAUAGGCUUUGUAGAGGCCCUUUGUUCGUCAAUAUACGGAGCUUUGUAGCUGGGAAGUUGCCUGUUAAGAUAGCUUAUGAAAUGGCCAAUGGUGCUAAAGACAAAAUAGCUAUGAAUUAUCCAACUUAUAUUAGUUGUAAAAAAGACCAGCAAAGUAUGGGAAGUAACUGCAGCGGUAUUCUUGUAUGGACUCCUUUGGCCACUGGUUGUGUAUUAGGUGUGGACGGUUUAUUUAAGGGCUCCAUUGAUCCCUUAGAAGUUGGAGAAAAAAUUGGGGCAGAUUUUAUGAAAUUAAUUAAUUCAUCUGUCAGCCUUGAUUCAUACGCUCAGGACCAAAUGAUAAUAUAUAUGUGCUUGGCGGAUGGGGAAUCAAUAGUUCAUACUGGAGAGAUCACGCUACACACGAAGACAGCAAUACAUAUCGCCGAGACCAUCGCUAAGACAAAAUUCACAAUACGACCGGAUGGUGACGAAAACUUUAUCCAAUGCUCCGGAUUGGGAUUCUUCAACAAAAAUAUUACAUAAACGAUUAGCUAGUAUUUUGUAUGCGACAUCUUCCGAAAAUAUUUGUUAACGAAGUCCCAUUUUCAUGUAGAAAAUAUAUGGUACGCGAAUAUUAUAAUGGAAGUUGCUAUGCUUGCAAUACGUAUACGGCCCGAUUUGUAAUGGCCAACAUACUCGCGGCCAUCAUGUGUAUAUAUCUAUGCCCAUAGAUAGAUACACACAUGUGCCCGCAUAUUAACAUAAGCUUUAUUAUAAAAUAAAUAUUAUAACUUAUUCUAAUUGAAUAUAUUCUGAAUGUACAACAGACUGAUUUAAAUAAAGUUA